AACUCACAGCUAUCUAAAUAUUAAAUACACUUGUCAGUAACUACUACACAAUCAAUCAAGUGCUCUUUUCAUGUGAAAAUUAUCAUUGGGGGGAUUGGGGGAAAUCUGUUGACCUCACUCAUCCUGUGCUUUCCUAUAAUGCCACCCUCACAAAUACACCCAAUACACUCUUUUCCUCCUUUCUUUUGGUGAUUUUUCAUAUUUGUAUUCAUUCAUAUUAUGAGAUUAAGUUAUUAAGUUACAAAUAAGGAAACAUGCUAUGAGGGCUCCCAUAAUGCAUGGGAGUGGCCUGGAACCUGUGCUAAGCCACAUUUCCCCUGUGAACCUGACCCAGAUAUGCAAGAUAGACAAUGGAUGAAACUCUGUCUGUUUCUUUUUGCUGCGGCAAAAGUGUGCCAAGAAUGUGUCCGUGCGAAAGAACAAUGUCAUUCAUGAAGAGGUGAAGUCAGCACUUGCAGGGAGGAAAUAGAGAUGGUACAAAAAGUCAAGAUGUGCUAGACUCGCUUUGUGGACUUAAACUGUGCUUAAGUUCUAAUCCUGCCAGAAAAAUGUAUCCAGUAGAUGUUCUGACAAAUAAAUGGGAUUUUUCUGUUUUUCAAAUCCCAUAACUUCUAAUGCAGUGUUAAAUAUGCUAUGAAAGACAGAGGACAGAGAGUUCUUGAUGGGCAACCCAGAAGUUAGCUCAUGUGUAAAACACUGAGAAUGGAAGAACUUGGGGGACCUUGGGUGAGAGAAAGAUUUAGGAACAUAGGCUUAUAUUACUUUCAGUCCCUAGCCAGGGUCUAACUCACAAAAUACUGGAUCUUAGUUUCUUAUUUAGAUCUUAUUUUUGGGACUAUAUUUGGGUGGGGACUUGCUUUUGGGGGGCCAGGGACCACCUAUGACCACAGCACUUUAAAGCCCUGGCUACGGCCCGGUAAGACCUCAUGAGAGACUGGGGCCAGGACGGGUCCUGGUCCACAUCUGCUGUCCAUCCUCCUCCGUGUUUUCUCCGCCCUCUCUAGUUUAUAAAUGAGCCUAACAACAUCCAGCCAGCCAGCGGGGAUAGCUCAUACAGGCGCACUACUUAACGGACGCAACAUGGCGGAGAACGGCAGCGAACAGCCGCGGUCCACCCGGUCCACCCGGUCGUGUUCUCCAGCACCGCAGUAGAAGUGUCCUCUGUUAGCUCGGUCUCUGGGUCCACAGUGAAGGGACAGUUUGCUUUGUCUCUACAAGAGGCAACAGUGGAAAUGAGCCGCGCGUGAGGAAUUCGAGAUGAGCCGACACGCGACAGACGUCCAGGAGCCGCUGCAGGACUGUGCCCCCUCCCCGCCGCUGCCUGCUGAUCAUGUGCUCGACUCUGGAGCUGUGCUGUUCCCUGGUGCUUUUGAUCAACAUGGCUGCCCUUUGAUCAUGUUCCCAGUGGAAGGACAAGCCAAACUCUCCUCAGAACUCAGCAAAGCAGAAGUGGUGGACUUCAUAAAUUACUUUUUGUGUCUGCACAAUAAGAAGCAGGACAAGGAGAGUUUGGUGUCAGUGGUGGCUGAUCUGAGGCAUGCCUCGCUUCCUACAACCAGGUUCAUCGCUGAGACUCUGCUUCUGCUUGAGCUGCACAAGCGGACAGUCCACAGUGUGUACAUCAUUCAGCCCAAAAAGAAGGAUGUUGUCAAGCUGUUGCUGAAACUUCUGGCUCCGUCCAAGGCUUACCCUGUGUCUUUAAAGAAAGUCCUUCUGAAAGAAAUCUCAGAGCUCUCCAACUACAUCGAUCGGAGCCAGCUAACGCCACCACUGGGCGGCUACCUUAUAUAUUGUCACCAGAGCUGGGUCGCCUUUAUUAAGGAGAUUGAUGCGUUUGUCCAGGAGUUCUUGUCUGUGGUCCAGCGGCUGCCCUCGUACAUCUCCACCCUGCAGACUCUGUCCCGGCUGCCUCUCCCCUCCACCUUCAGCGAGCUCCAGCACUUCUGCUUCACAAACGAAGCCAAGUUCCAGCAGCUCAGGAGGGAGCUGGGGCUGGAUGAACUGCUGAGGCACUGUGAGAGUGUGGUGGAGAAGCUGCGUUACCCUGAGAAGGAGCCGUGCUACCAGGCGAUGGCUGGCACUGCCCUCUUCACUCACACUGCCUUCGAUAUGCUCCAGAAUCACUGCAGGAUAACUGAAGCUGUGGAAAAAGUGGAGCUGCUGUGGCAGCAAGCCUUUUCUAAGGCCCAUCUCCAGCUGCAGGUGUUCCAGCUGCGAGAGGACACACUGCAGAUCACAGAGCAGAUAAACACUCUUUUUCAAGAGAAACUCCAGCCUUACAAAAUAGAGAUUGCCAAGGAUGCUGCCAAGGCGGUGCUGUUGGUGUCCGAAUUUGAGGCAUCAAUUCACACCCCUGCUAUGGCACUUGUUCGCUGCGCUGAAGACGUGAUCCACACGUUGGCGGAGAUCCUACCGUUAGAUGGCCAGACCAGCGAGCGCUGGCUUCUGGAUCUGGAGAGGCUGAAGGAGAAACUCCACUCUGCUGUGCACUUCAACCUUCAAACCCUCAGAGCAGUUUCCAGUUACCGUCACUACUACAACAAGGCAAGCACUUGA